AUGGUGGAAGAUCACAAGCACGAGGAAUCGAUCUUAGAGAAGAUUGUUGAGAAAAUCCAUGGACAUGGUGACUCAUCUUCUUCUCACGAUUCCGAUGACGAUAAGAAAUCGACAUUGUCUUCUUCGUCUUUCAAAUCGAAGAUUUAUCGGCUUUUCGGAAGGGAGAAACCUGUUCAUAAGGUUCUCGGUGGUGGAAAACCUGCUGAUAUAUUCCUAUGGAGGAACAAGAAGGUAUCUGGUGGAGUAUUUGGUGCGGUGACUGCGUGUUGGAUUGUAUUCGAGUUAAUCGAAUACCAUUUCCUCACUUUCCUCUGUCACCUCUUUAUUCUUGCUCUUGCAGCAUUGUUCUUGUGGUCUAAUGCUUGUACCUUCAUUCACAAGGCAACACCUCAUAUACCGGAAGUUCACAUCCCCGAAGAUCCUGUUCUUCAACUUGCUUCUGGAUUAAGGAUUGAAGUCAACCGCGCCUUUGCCGUUCUUAGGAACAUUGCAUCAGGCAGAGAUAUCAAGAAAUUUAUCUUGGUAAUUGCUGGCUUGUGGAUUUUGUCCAUCAUUGGUAGCUGCUGCAACUUCUUGACAUUGUUCUAUAUUGCUACUGUUCUUCUCUUCACCAUUCCCGUGGUUUACGAAAAGUACGAGGAUAAAGUAGAUGCCUUUGGCGAGAAAGCGAUGAAGGAGAUCAAGAAGCAAUACGCAGUACUGGAUGAGAAGGUUUUGAGUAAGAUCAUAAGCAAGAUUCCAAGAGGAGCUCUGAACAAGAAGAAGGAUUAA